UUGGUGGCUGAACACAUAGUUCUGCAUCUGUAUGGAAGGCCAUCCUUCUUUCCCUUCGUUACGAGUUCUCUCGGAGAAGUACCCUAAGCAGUCACAGUCAUUGUUUCAAGCCUACAACGAUAUUCUGUAUGCCCAGCAAUGGAUUGAUGUCGAGGUGAAAGAUAUUUCUGAAGCUGGAAGAGCCGUAAUUUCCGGCAAAAUAUCUGCAGAAGAUAUCUCUCGAGUUGUCGUUCCGUGUUCUCUGGCAGAGACGUUUACCAUCGAUUGGCUUAAGAAACUUUAUAUCCACUGCAGCCCUCAGACUAGAGAGUUUUUGUUGGCGAUAGUUAGCGAUGAUUCCUCACUGGUGUAUUACAAGAUUAGUAAGGGAAUUGUCAAGCCCCCGAUGUGACCAAUCAUCCUAUGGCAGCCAGUCCUUGUGGCAGCGUGUUUAAUUAUGUCUGCUCGGUGAUCGAUUCCUCCCCAGGAAGCAUGCUAUAGCUUGACUGGUCCUCUCCUCGGGACUCAGUUGCUUUGGCUGCUUCGAGCUCGACUGCUGAUUCAUACGGCAAUGCUGAUGCACACGCUGCGCCAAGAACAAAUGCAAUACCAGAAGCGUACACUGGCAGGGAUGUUGAUAUUGAUAGCAAUGGGCCACCAAU